CAUAAUAAAUAUGCAUCAACUUUACAAGAGUACUUUGAUUUCAACAGACUGACUCAGUGCUUUGCGUGUGCAGUCGUUUUGGCGCCCGGCUGCUCCUCGCGCAACGCCCUGGCGCCGCAUUGAUAUCAAAAAUGGCAGCAGAUGGCGGCUCAACGAGCACGACACAUACACUUAGCGCGAACCAGGAGCUUCGACUAGAGUGCCCCAGUGGCAAAGCAGUGUCCAUCAAGCUGGAGGAGGGCGCGGCCGAGGUGUUCGGGACGGAGCUGCAGCGCGGCAAGUCAGUGCCCGUCAGCGGACAGAAGCUAGCGGUCUUCACGUGGCAGGGUUGCAAGGUGACGGUGGAGGGCGAGCCCAGCGUCCAGUAUGUGGCGGACGAGACGCCCAUGGCUCAGUACCUCAACACGCACCGCACGCUGGCGGCGCGGCGGGAUGAGGCGCGGCGCGCCGGCGCCAGCUCGCCGGGCAGCCCCGCGGGCCGGGGGCCGGUUGUGGUGGUGGUAGGGCCAACGGACAGUGGCAAGAGCACGCUGUGCCGGCUGCUGUGCAACUGGGCGGUGCGGGACGGGUACGCGCCCACGUUUGUGGACCUGGAUGUGGGCCAGGGCACCAUCACAGUGCCUGGCUGUCUGUCAGCGGUGCCUGUGGAGCAGCCCAUCGACCUGGUGGAGGGAAUCAACAACAUACCCAUUGUGUUCUUCUACGGACACUCCUCGCCCGGGGAGAACCCCACGCUGUUCAAGCUGCUGGUGGACAAGUUGGCGGGCGUGCUGGCGCGGCGGGCGGCGGCGGACCCGAGUGUGGCGGCGGCGGGCUGCGUGAUCAACACGUUCGGCUGGGUGGAUGGGCUGGGCUAUGAGCUGCAGAAGUACCUCAUACAGGCGUUCCAGUGCGAUGUGGUGCUGGCGAUGGAGCAGGACCGCCUACACGCCACGUUGCAGCAGGACCUCAAGGCCGCCAUGCCGCGCACCUCCAUCCUCAAGCUAGCUAAGAGCGGCGGUGCCGUGAAGCGCGAGGGCGAGGAGCGCCGCGGCGCGCGCGAGGCGCGUGUGCGCGACUACUUCUACGGCGCGCCCGGCGCCCCGCUGCAGCCCGCCACCAUGACCGUCAAGGCCACAGACCUGGCCGUGUACCGGAUAGGCAGCGGGCCGCGCGCGCCCAACACCGCGCUUCCCAUCGGCGCCGUGAGCCUGGCCGAUCCGCUGCGGCUGCAGGCGCUGCCGCCCAGCCUGGAGAUGCUUCAAGCGGUGAUGGCCGUGUCACACGCACCCACCCCCGACCAGAUCCUGAACAUGAAUGUGGCGGGCUUUGUCCUGAUCAAGGACGUGGACACGGCGCGAGGCACCGUGACGCUCGUAGCGCCGGCGGCGGGGCAGCUGCCCGGGCGCUACCUCAUCACCGGCACCCUGCGCUCAUCCAUUGAUUAAGCCGCCGGGCUGGAGCAGGGCCCGCAGGCGCAGGCGCAAGGCCAUAUGGGCGCUCCUCGCGCGUGGCUGGUGGACAGCAUGGGGAGGGAGGAAAAUGUUGGGCUGGGCUGGGAUGCAGUGUAGCGGGUUUAGCGCUUGGUGCUGAUAGCGGCGCUGAAAGCGAGCGUGGAUGCGACGUCGGAUUGUGCGUAAACCGCAUUGGAAAGAAGGUGCUUGGCCGCUGGGCGUUGGUGUACGGUUGCGAAUCUGCGAAGUCGGAGUGUAAGUGCGCCGUGGGUCGUUUGAUUCUGCUAGAGCAGGAACUGCUUUUGUUUACGGCGCAGAUUCUCUGCGGGUCAUGUCAGCCCCCCAUGUCCCUUGGACACCUGUACCAUUUCGCGCAGAUUGAUCUCUAGAUUGCCGCGACUUACUGCGACCUGCAGAGAUGCAAAGUGAGCUGAGCGACCAAGGGCGAAUGUAACCCUGGCUUGCA